CGGACUCGGACCCCAAGGCCGCCAGUCCCGCUGCCUUCCUAAGCCGAGCCCGGGCUACCUCGGUCGUCCCCAGCAGGCUUGGCUGGCGGAGGCCGGGCCCCGGCCAGGCCCCCAGGACAAGCCCCGCCCGGGCCUCAGGUGCACUCCCGGCCCGCCCCGCGCCCUCGCGUCCCGCCCCAGCUCCGCCUUCGCCGGCGCCGCUCUGCCUGUCGGCGGGGCGCGCCUUGCGGCCCAGGCCCGGAACCCUCCCCGGCCGUGCGCCCUAUGUAAGGCCGGCCGCGGCGGGACCAAGGCGGCGGUGUCAGCUCGCGAUCCUACCCUCCGCGGACGGUCUUGGGUCGCCUACUGCCUGGCUUGCCUGGUCGGCGGCGGGUGCCCCGCGCGCACGCGCAAAGCCCGCCGCGUUCCCCGACCCCAGGCCGCGCUCUGUGGGCCUCUGAGGGCGGCAUGCGAGACUACGACGAGGUGACCGCCUUCCUGGGCGAGUGGGGGCCCUUCCAGCGCCUCAUCUUCUUCCUGCUCAGCGCCAGCAUCAUCCCCAAUGGCUUCACCGGCCUGUCCUCAGUGUUCCUGAUAGCGACCCCGGAGCACCGCUGCCGGGUGCCGGACGCCGCGAACCUGAGCAGCGCCUGGCUCAACCACAGUGUCCCACUGCGGCUGCGGGACGGCCGCGAGGUGCCCCACAGCUGCCGCCGCUACCGGCUCGCCACCAUCGCCAACUUCUCGGCGCUCGGGCUGGAGCCGGGGCGCGACGUGGACCUGGGGCAGCUGGAGCAGGAGAGCUGCCUGGAUGGCUGGGAGUUCAGUCAGGACAUCUACCUGUCCACCAUUGUGACCGAGUGGAACCUGGUGUGUGAGGACGACUGGAAGGCCCCACUCACGAUCUCCUUGUUCUUCGUGGGUGUGCUGUUGGGCUCCUUCAUUUCAGGGCAGCUGUCAGACAGGUUUGGCCGGAAGAAUGUGCUGUUCGUGACCAUGGGCAUGCAGACAGGCUUCAGCUUCCUGCAGAUCUUCUCGAAGAAUUUUGAGAUGUUUGUCGUGCUGUUUGUCCUUGUAGGCAUGGGCCAGAUCUCCAACUAUGUGGCAGCAUUUGUCCUGGGGACAGAAAUUCUUGGCAAGUCAGUUCGUAUAAUAUUCUCUACGUUAGGAGUGUGCAUAUUUUAUGCAUUUGGCUACAUGGUGCUGCCACUGUUUGCUUACUUCAUCCGAGACUGGCGGAUGCUGCUGGUGGCGCUGACGAUGCCGGGGGUGCUGUGCGUGGCACUCUGGUGGUUCAUCCCUGAGUCCCCCCGAUGGCUCAUCUCUCAGGGACGAUUUGAAGAGGCAGAGGUGAUCAUCCGCAAGGCUGCCAAAGCCAAUGGGAUUGUUGUGCCUUCCACUAUCUUUGACCCAAGUGAGUUACAAGACCUAAGUUCCAAGAAGCAGCAGUCCCACAACAUUCUGGAUCUGCUUCGAACCUGGAAUAUCCGGAUGGUCACCAUCAUGUCCAUAAUGCUGUGGAUGACCAUAUCAGUGGGCUAUUUCGGGCUUUCGCUUGAUACUCCUAACUUGCAUGGGGACAUCUAUGUGAACUGCUUCCUUUCAGCGAUGGUUGAAGUCCCAGCAUAUGUGUUGGCCUGGCUGCUGCUGCAAUAUUUGCCCCGGCGCUAUUCCAUGGCCACUGCCCUCUUCCUGGGUGGCAGUGUCCUUCUCUUCGUGCAGCUGGUACCCCCAGACUUGUAUUAUUUGGCUACAGUCCUGGUGAUGGUGGGCAAGUUUGGAGUCACAGCUGCCUUUUCCAUGGUCUACGUGUACACAGCCGAGCUGUAUCCCACAGUGGUGAGAAACAUGGGUGUGGGAGUCAGCUCCACAGCAUCCCGCCUGGGCAGCAUCCUGUCUCCCUACUUCGUUUACCUCGGUGCCUACGACCGCUUCCUGCCCUACAUUCUCAUGGGAAGUCUGACCAUCCUGACAGCCAUCCUCACCUUGUUUCUCCCAGAGAGCUUCGGUACCCCACUCCCGGACACCAUUGACCAGAUGCUAAGAGUCAAAGGAAUGAAACACAGAAAAACUCCAAGCCGCACAAGGAUGUUAAAAGAUGGUCAAGAAAGGCCCACAAUCCUUAAAAGCACAGCCUUCUAACAUCGCUUCCAGUAAGGGAGAAACUGAAGAGGAAAGACCGUCUUGCCAGAAAUGGCCAGCUUGUGCAGACUCCAAGUCCUUCAGUGACAAAGGCCUUUGCUGUUUAUCCUCUUGACCUGUGUCUGACUUGCUCCUGGAUGGGCACCCACACUCAGAGGCUACAUAUGGCCCUAGAGCACCACCUUCCUCUAGGGACACUGUGGCUACCUACAGACAACUUCAUCUAAGUCCUAACUAUUACAAUGAUGGACUCAGCACCUCCAAAGAAGUUAAUUUUUCACUACAACCAGUGAGAUCUGGAGGAAUGUGAGAAGCAUAUGCUAAAUUUACAUUUUAAUUUUAGACUACUUGAAAAGGCCCCUAAUAAGGCUAGAGGUCUAAGUCCCCCACCCCUUUCCCCACUCCCUUCUAGUGGUGAACUGUAGAGGAAAAGGAAGUAAUUGCACAAGGAGUUUGAUUCUUAGCUUUUCUCAGUUACAGAGGACAUUAACUGGAUCAUUGCUUCCCCAGGGCAGGAGAGCGCAGAGCUAGGGAAAGCGAAAGGUAAUGAAGAUGGAGCAGAAUGAGCAGAUGCAGAUCACCAGCAAGUGCAUUGAUGUGUGAGCUCUUAAGACCACUCAGCAUGACAACUGAGUAGACUUGUUUACAUCUGUUCAAAGCACUGGGCUUGUCCAGGCUCAUAAUAAAUGCACCAUUGAAUCUACUAUUCUUGUUUUCCACUGCUGUGGAAACCUCCUUGCUACUAUAGCGUCUUACGUAUGGUUUAAAGAAAAUUUAUCAGGUGAGAGAGAUGAGUAACCUUGUCUUUUCUCUCAAAGCUGUAACGUGGGUUUUGUUUUAUUGUUUAUUUGUUUGUUGUUGUAUCCUUUUCUCCUUAAGUUAUUUGCCCUUCAGAAUACACUUGGGAAAGGCUGGUUCCUUAGCCUCCUGAUUUGUGUCUUUUUUUUUUUUUAAACACGGACUCACUCUGGCAAUUGUCUGCAGCUGCCACUGGUGCAAGGCCUUACCAGCCCUAGCCUCUAGCACUUCUCUAAGUGCCAAAAACAGUGUCAUUGUGUGUGUUCCUUUUUUGAUACUUAGUCAUGGGAGGAUAUUACAAAAAAGAAAUUUAAAUUGUGUUCAUAGUCUUUCAGAGUAGCUCACUUUAGUCCUGUAACUUUAUUGGGAGAUAUUUUGUGUUCAGUGCAAUUGUCUUCUCUUUGCUGAUUAUGUUACCAUGGUACUCCUAAAGCAUAUGCUUCACCUGGUUAAAAAAGAACAAACAUGUUUUUGUGAAAGCUACUGAAGUGCCUUGGGAAGUGAGAAAGUUUUAAUAAGUAAAAUGAUUUUUUAAAUAACA